CCCAAAGCUAGAAAAAGGGAAGCUAUCGCCGGAAUGCUGUUAAUCCGCGCCGAACCCCCUCUCUUACGCGCGGGGGUAUCACGCUAGUGUCUUGGAGAUACGGCUAGAGGCCAAUCUUGGUGUAUUUUAUACUACGAAUGUCCCUUUCGUUAUCUUCGAUUAUUAUCCCUAGCGAUGAUGAUAAUGUAAGGGAGACGGUAUGCCCGCCGUUGUCACGAAGAAGUGGUUGGUGUUUUUGGUCUUCCUAGCGAGCUCAAAUACUGUUCCAACCGUACCUGACUUUGAGGAUGUUAUCUUCCUGAACCUGGCAGACGAAGCCUUCGUGGCCCGCAUACCUCCGGCCCCCCCGCAUCGCCCGGCUCUUGCUCCCUCACCGGCUCCGGCUCCCUCGACAGCUCCCUCGACAGCUCCCUCGAUAGCUCCUUCCUCGGCUCCUUCCCUGGCUCCUUCCCCGGCUCCGGUGCCUACCAAGCGAAAAGCCCUGAAGAAGAAGGCGCCGAAGGAACCGUCGAAGGAAGCUCCAUACCAAUGGUCCGAUGCACAGGAGAAGCUACUCCUUGACGUGUUACGCUGUGCCGGGGAUACCGGGAUAAAGGGACAGGGUGGUUAUAAGAAGCAGGUAUAUAAACAAGUUGUUAUUGGGCUUCAAGCAGCUACACCGGGGCUUCGCCUUUCGGCUGAGCAGGUCGCCAGUAAGGUCGAAUACUUCAAGAAGUGGCGGGCGUGGAUGGUUUUGGUGGAAAAUUCGGGCUUCGGGUUCGACCGGUAACCGGCCUACAUACUGCGCCAGACGGUGUCUGGGAUGCCCUCAUCAAGGAAAAUAAAGAAGUCUACCAAUUCCGGUAUAGGACUCUCCCGCAUCGUGAACUAAUGGAGCAGGUCUUCCGAGACGAUCGCAGGGCCAACGGACAUGCAGCUCUAACGCUUGGGCAACUGUUAACUGCUAAUAGGGUCCCUGUAGACCCUACGUUGUUGGUGAUCUCUGACGACGACGACGAGGAACUCCCUGUACUGCACAUGUACGUAACGGUCAGAAGCGGUCCUCAUCCUCAUCAGGCCCGAAAAGGAAGAAAAGAAAGAGUCAGGGCGAUAUAUUGCUUGAAAGUAUACAGACUCUCACGUCAACCUUUGCGCAAGAGCCUGUUACCGGCGAGUGGCUAGAAAAGGCAAUGAAAAUCUUCAACGAAGACUGGUAU